AUGGGGCGGAAGUGGAACGAGCUGCUGUCGUCGGCUCCGAGGACGGGGGAGGCGGCAGAGGACGAGGACGCGGCAAGGAUGAGCCGAGAGGGGAAGGUCAGCGUCACCAGCAACCCCGAGGAGAUGCCCACCAUGAGCGUGCCUCGGAGCAGACGCCCGGACCUCGACCUCACCAUUGACGACUUCGAGGAGGACGAGAUCGACCCCGAGCUGCGCUACUCCUUCCAGCGGAACAGCAAGGUUCAGAAUCCUUAUAAACUUGUGCAGGAAAUGUCACCGAUAACAGCAUUAGCACUUUGUAAAAUUGCAGUUGCUGAAGGAUAG